UUGACGGUGGUUAUCAAUGGAAGGGACCGUUAUUUGAAAUGGAUCUCGAGAUCGACGGCAAAAUACGUGUUUUUAAUGAGAGAUGCAACGAUAGUCGAGAUACGAGAGGUACUGGUCGCGCGAGAGUCAAGUACGAGCCGUUGGAACGCGUCGCCUUUACGCGCUGUUAUUCCGCUGGUCCCGAGAAUUCGCACGAUAUAUGAGAGACCAUAACCUAUGAGGCCACUUGUGCGCACUCACGCAGACAUCUCCGGCUGGAUAGUGGCGAAGAUAUCGCUCGUUCAAAAUGUUGGAGGGACUCGUCGCUUGGGUGCUGAACAAUUAUCUCGGCAAAUAUGUGGAGAAUCUGAACACAGAUCAGCUGAGCAUCGCCUUGUUGUCGGGGGAAGUUGAACUGGAAAACUUGCCCCUGAAACGCGAGGCUCUGCGUCAUAUUGGACUACCCAUAGAAGUCAAGGCUGGGUUUAUCGGUAAAAUCAGAUUGCAAGUACCAGUCAGGCAGAUAAGGACCGCGUCAUGGGUGAUAGGUAUAGAGCAGCUCUAUUUAGUGGCGGGACCAAUUAAUCUGGACGAGUACGAUAACGAGGCAGAGGAACAGGCAAUACUAGAAUAUAAACUCAGUCGACUGGACGCCUUGGAAGCUAGAUGGAGAACCGAUAUAGAGCACGAUCCUGGUUAUUAUGCUUCAAGUUACAGCUCGUGGCUGAAUUAUGGCACAUCUUUAGUAACGAAUAUCAUUGAGAAUUUACAGUUAAAUAUCAAAGAUGUUCAUAUUAGAUAUGAAGAUGGUAUCACAUUAGCAGACGAUAAUGGCAUUGUAUUUGGCAUUACAAUUGGAGCAUUAACUGCUCAAAGUUGUGAUGCCAGCUGGAUACCCAGUUCUACAUCUUGGAAUCUUACGGAUGCGUCGUUUAAGCUAAUGGAACUCGAUAGUCUUUCAAUCUAUUGGGACCACGUGAAGAAAGAUCAACUCUUUGGUGGUCUCAAUCUAGGCGAUCUAGCUAUUGCCAUGAGCAAAAAUAAGAUUCGAUGGCACAUCUUAUCGCCCGUGAAUGCAAGAGCACACAUCAAGAGGGAUCGAACAGAACGUCCAUUGAGGUCUAUUAAUAAACCACGUAUUGUAGUAGAUUUGCUCUUAGACGAAGUACCAUUAUCUAUAACAGAUCUUCAAUAUGAAGAGUUGGUCAUGUGUAUCAAGGAGCUUGACCGCAUAGAUCGUCGUAAACAGCAGUGGCGUUGUAGGCCAGUAAUCCCCGUUAAAAAAGCUUGCAAAGAAUGGUGGAAGUACGCCGCCAGGUGCCAUCUCGGCAGAGAUACCCUCAAACCAAAACCAACCUGGGAAAAUGUAUUUCUCAGAGCCAGAGAGAACGUUUGUUACGUUCAAGCAUACACUAAAUUGUUAGGCACGCCUACCUCGAUCUUACCUCCGGAAAUUAAAACAUUGAAGGAGAAGGUCGAGAACGAGCGGAAUUUCGACGAGCUUCGAGUAUUGAGGGAACUGGCUAUAGAGAAAGUAAAGCCUGCAAAGUCACAACAAGAGACUAAUAUAAAUGUGCCACAAGGACGCGGCAUGCUCGAGCAAUGGUUUCCACAAUGGUGGGGCUGGUAUUCAAAGACGUCUCCCAGCAGCAAUGGAACGCAAAACGGAAGUAGCUCGACUACCUUCGACGGAGAACUGCUGGACGUUUUAGCGGACACUAUGAACGAUGACACUCUUCUACGUCGCGACACAGUAUUCGGACAGUUUAAUUUCGCUCUAGUGCAAGGCGCGAUAUCGUUGUGCACCGCGAAAGACGAGAGCAACGGUAGGAAAACAGUGAUAGAACUGAAGUUCGAAAGAGUGAACCUGAGCUAUGAGUCACGACCCAGAUCCGGAUCGCACAGGUUCUCGAUCAGUUUGGGCGCGUUGUACCUGCACGAUUUUCUCACGGAGAACUCCACGUUUCCCAUUUUGGUGCAACCUCAAGUCGCGUCCAACGGCAUAUCCUCGCGUGUCCGCAAUUCGUCGGAGAAACUAACGAAAACGCCGCGUCAUUUAUUCGAACUGAUUUACGAGAAAAGGCCGCUGCACAUUAACGUGGAUCAUUUGUUGCACGUGUACUCGCAGUCCUUGGAUGUCGUAUAUAAUCCAACCGUGAUAUAUUGGCUGAUAGAUUUUAUGUGCAAGCCCCAUCGAUCGGUGUCGUCCAAUCAACGAUUCCAGGCGAUGAAGCGUCGCACGAGGAAGCAGCUGAUCAAGAACUGGGAACAGAUCUUGGACGGCGAUUUUGUGUACCGUUCGUCUUGGGAUUUACAGUUUAAGAUCUCUGCACCACAGAUCUUAUUGGUGGAGAGCUUUGUCGAUUCCAACGCGGCCGUGGUGAUGGUCGAUUUUGGCAAGUUACAUUUAUCAAACGACGCGAAUCUAAAUCAGGUGGCACUGAAAACGGAGUCUACCAUCAGUGACGAUGAAGAAGACGAGAGAUACGAGACACCUUGCUCCACUCCGCCCGGUAGCCAGGAGAACGGCUCCUUACAUGAUUUCCAAGGUCUGUCCGAGACCGAGUUACAUAAAAAAUUGUACGACCAGUACUCCAUUGAUCUAGUGGACCUGCAGAUUUUAGUGGGUAAGACAAAGGACAAUUGGAAGCACGUUCGCACGAGAGGCAUGUCGAGCUUGCACUUUCUCGAGCGUUUCAACAUAUCGUUACAAGUCGAACGACGUAUCUUCACCACUUCGGAUCCUAACUUUCCGUCGGUCACGGUAUCUGGUAAUCUGCCGAGAUUGGUGGUGCACGUGAAUGAGCAGAAAUUAGGCGCAAUACGCCUAAUUUAUAAUUUACUGUCGAGCUUCACCAUUUCCGCCGGCAUCCCGCAGACAGAAGCCGUCAAUGUGGAGCCGAAAAGCCCUAGGAAGGAAGAGAAUCUGGAUCGUUCCUUGAGCCACGCCGUGAUGGUACAAUUUAUCAUCGAUCAGAUGGCCUUUGAAUUACAGUCGAGGGGUCGCAGCGUGGCAGAGCUGCAGGUGUCUGGUGUUCGGGCGGCCCUCAGCAAAAGAAUGGCUGAUCUGAGCGUCUCCCUCUCCGUCCACGGUCUGCUCUUGGUCGAUGCUCUUCAGGAAUUCGGGCCCGAUUUCGAGCUGUUGGUGGCCAGUCACAAGCACGUCGGCAUGGACAGCGUUUCCGGCAGAUUAAGGGAUUCGGAGCCGACAUCACCCGUCUCGCCAGAGUCGCCCGAAUCACCAGACUCCACGAGGCCACCACGACUUACCUCGCCUGUCGCCCUGACCAAUGCCCUGUCCACUCUGGUGAACAAAACCAAGUCCCCGCAUUCACCCAGGAACAACUCGUUGGUCGGCCUAGAAAAAUUGGAUUCGGAAGCGCUGAUUGUCGUGGAGCUGACGCUGGUAGACGACCCUACGGAAAAUCUAAGAAUGGCAAAUAUACAGUUCAAUAAUCUAGAUAUCAUAGCCAAUCAGGAGACGAUAGUGGAAUUGUUAGGUUUCUUUCGAAGAAUCUUGCCGUUGCAAAAAUCACAGGCAGCGUAUGUCGCGAGCCGAGACGAUUCUUUGUCGAAUCAAAGUACGGAAAUAAGGUCGAUGUCAACGAGAACUGAGAUCACCUUUGACUUUCAUCGCUUAAAUGUGUUACUUCUGCGCGCGGUCAUGCAGGACAAUCACUUGGUGGGGCAGAAGAUCGCCACGGCGACCAUGUCGGACGCGCGCAUACAGGCGACCUUGGCCGCGAACACGUCGAUCUCGGGCUCUCUCGGCGGGGUACAGGUUCUCGACCAGACAUCAACCGGGAAGACUCAUCAGCGGAUAAUCAGCGUGGGUAGGGAUCCUCUGGCGGAUCCGCAACAUCAUCCGCUCGAGCACUUUAGUAGUUUAUCCGAUCAGCCGGAAGCGUUCAGAUUCGUGGCCAAUCGCAGCACCAAGCCAGCCAACGAGGAGGAUUGCGUAGAAAUCGAUCUCGAGCUCACAAUACGUGUGGCUAGCGUCUGGUACACUCACGCGCCGCACCUAAUAUCAGAAUUGCGUUCGUGUGCCGACGAGUUCAAGCAAUAUCUAAGCAACUUUGCGCGCCAGAUCAGCGCGGCCGCCACCGAUAUGGCGAUCGGUCUGGUGAACGCCGACGAUUGGACUAUCCCGCCCCGGAAACGGUUGCCGAGCGUCUCGUUCGAUCUAGACAACGCAAAUGCGCUGUCGUUGAAAUUAGACGUGCUCUUAGAAAGCCCGGUGCUCGUGAUACCGCGUUCUUCCCAUAGCAAACAAGUAUUCGUUGCUCAUCUAGGUACAAUGUCGCUGCGACACGAACCCCACUUAGGCUCCAUGGCGAAGCACAAGGUCACGCUGGAGGUGCGCGACAUGAAUCUGUAUUCUCUCGAGGUAUCCGCCAACAUCGGGCAGUCGCAAACCAACCUGCCAAGAGCCGAGGAAAUGUACUCGUGCAAGGAGUCGGGUAAGCCGAUACUGCAUGACACAACGCUGAAGAUCUUGGUGGAGAAGCAGAACACCUUAACGCAAAGUAUGAGCUUCCUACUCGACGGCGGCGAAUUUACGAACAAUAGCCCAAUUGUCCAGGUGCACGGCGCCGUGAUAACGCCGUUGAAGGUAUCGCUGUCGCGCGGUCAAUACGAGCAACUGCUCGAUACCGCUCACCGAUUGAUCUCCAUGCCUGCCGUGACUGCCACGUCCGCGGUGUCGGAAUACGAUGAUCUCGACGGGACGUCCGACUACUCGGAGAAGCUCGACCUCUGCGUGAAGGUCUCGUUCGAGCUACCGAUCCUCAGCGUGGAACUGAAGCAAGCGCAUUCGGAGCAGCCGCUGGUGGAGCUGUCGAUGCGCGACUUCGUCGUCAAGUACGAUAAGUUACACCGAAAUGAGUCCAGCGUGCAGGUCGCCCUGCGCUCUCUCCUGAUGGAGGAUCUUCUGUGCCCGGUCGGCUCGCGACAUCGCUACAUGAUGCAGUCGUCGGCGCCCACGCGCGCGAAACUGCCUACGGGCGCAUCCAGAUCGUGUCCAGAUCUUGCGUUCGCGCGACAGUACAAGAACGCCUUCGGACGCGGCAGUCUGCCGGAUCGGUUGGAGACCUACACUCUGUACGACGCGAUUCCGGCGCACUGGCGCAGAAAACCGGCGGUCUCGUCGGCCGACACGCCGAACACGCCGCCGCCGUCGCCAGGCGGCAUCACCAGUGAAGAGAACUUGGUGCUAAUGAGCAUCACCAUGACACGUCCCGAAGAGAACGGCUGUAUCGUACCGGAAGAUCGGUUCCAUCGCAAAAUGGUAACCGUGGACUUCAAUUGCCUGGACUUAGUGAUAAGCGUGGAAUCGUGGAUGGUGGUGUUUGACUUCUUUGGGAUUGCAGGCCUGUCCGGGACGGCGAGUGACGAAGUCGCCGCGCAUCGAGCCACGCCGGAUAGCGAUAGUACCGGCGCGAGCAAAGUGGAUGACAAUUUGCCGGUGAGGUCGGAGACGGAGAUAGAAGUGAGAUCGUUGACGUUGGUGCUGACGCAGCUGGAACGCGAGAUAGCCAAGGCCAAUGUGUCGAACGCCAGCAUGCACAUCCUCAAAACGGUGGACGGCAAGACCAAGGUGUCGGGAUCGCUGGGCUCGAUGUCGUUGCUGGACCUGACGCCGCACGGCCGAUUCUACCGCGAGAGAUUCCUGUCGUCCGGCAGGAAGGCGCUCAACUUCCAGUACUCGAGCUACGCCGACUGCGAGGAUCGGCCUCACGACGCGCGACUGAAGCUAGAGAUGUCCGCCGUGCAUUACGUUCACACUCAGAGAUUCGUGGCGGAGUUACAGGCUUUCUUCGGUCACUUCUCGCAGCUGUGGAGCAUCAUGCGGAAUCUGCGGGCCGGCGUCGGUGCCGUCAUUGACAUGAACAAGCGUGGUACGCGACUAUCGUUGCAGUUGCACGCCGGUGCGCCGGUGAUCCUGCUGCCAGUGAGUUCCAGGUCCGACGAAUUAAUUCUGCUGGAUUUGGGAGAACUUACAGCACACAACAGAUUCGACACCUCCUUAGUCGUUCCGGAUUGCUUGCUUGACGUGAUGCUACUCGAGCUGGUCAACAUGGACGUGUACGCGGCACGACGGCUCAAGUGUGACUCGAGCCUGAACGAGGACGCGGACGCCUUGAUGGUGGGCGGCUUCCUCGUUAAAAAAAUGGGCUCCUCGUUGCUUACAGAAAAGUGUCAUCUAAAGCUUCGCGUCGAGCGGAAUCUUGACACUUACGUCAGCCGUGACAUACCCGAUCUCAGCAUCCACGGUAUAUUGUCGACGAUGGACUGCGCCCUGGAUCCGGAACAGUACAUGCUGAUCCGCGGCCUCUUGUCUUACAACAUCAGCGAGAAUCUGGACGAUCUGCGCCUCCUCGUGCAGGAUUUGAAUCACACGGUGGAAUACGCGAUCCCGACCGUGGACAAUCGCGCGAAGACGUGGACCCGAUCUUGCAUAACUCUCGAGCUGGUAAACGUGACGGUGAAGCUGCACCCGAGACACAACAUCGCGGCGCUCGCGUGUAUCAACUUUAUCAAGUCCCGACUGACGCUGGACUCGCUGAGCGACGGCUCGCAGGACAUCGAUCUGGUGUCGCAGGAGAUCCUGAUCACGGACACGCGUUUUCAGAACGAGCCGAUAGAUCGGCAGUGCAACGUGUUCACGCAAAUCCUACAGCCGUUGAGAGACACGGCCGACACGACUGAAGCCGCGCAGGAUCGCGUUCAAGCGGAGGUACAUCAUCGGAAACGUAAGGGUUACUCGGCGACCACCAUUCUGCUGCAUAGCAUGCGACUAACUGCCAUCCUAGACUGGUGGCAGGCCGUGCGAGAUUUCCUGUUGCUGAACUCGCCGGAACCGGACCCUAUACCUGGCGCCCUGCAUGUCUCAAUUGUCAAUCAAGAGGCCGAGGUCAUCGACACCGCCGCGACCGCCGUACCGUUUGAACUGAAGAUCAACAUCACUGACUCUGAGUUAGUCAUCGUCGAGGACACCGCGAUCCUUGACACCAACGCCGUGAUUCUCAAGACGACCGCCGUCCUGUCGUAUCGCUCGUCGCCACAGGAAGGCGAGAAGCCGCUCUCCUGCAAUCUCUCGCAUUGCGAACUGUUCUCGUGCAUCCUGGGCUUGGAAAACGAGACCGCCCUGUCGAUCAUCGAUCCAGUCGGGGCGAGCUUGGAUCUGACUCAGGAUAGAUGCCUGGAGAUCCAAUUACACCCACUGUGCGUGAGAUUGAGCUAUCACGACGUGACCAUGUUCUCUAGGAUGCUGAGCUCACUUCCCAAGCAGACUUUAUGGGCGAGACAGAGAUCGAACGAAACGGGUGUGGAGAGCCGCCAGAUGAUGGACAGUCAGGUAUCGAAGCUAGUCAAUUUAGGUUUUGCGGAGGCCGAUUGCAGAAUCGCGUUAGAUCACUGUGACGGCCAGCUGGACGAGGCCGCUCUGUGGCUGACGCAGAACGCGGUGCCGACGAGUGCCGAGACGGUCGCGGCGUACGACGAUUCGGUCUUCCGGGCCGUGGAGCUGCAGAUAUCCUGCAUGCGAAUCUGUAUCAUCGACGAUUGUCGCGACGCGGACGUGCCGCUUCUGGAAAUUACCUUGGCGGACUUCAACUUGCGGAAGCUGAGUCAGCAGCCCGGCUUGCUGUCGGCCACCAUCGGCGUGGACUAUUACAAUCGAGUACUAAGCGGAUGGGAACCAUUUGUCGAACCUUGGCGGGCGAACAUUGAAUGGGAACAGAUAUUUACUAGUUCUCUCGAUCCAAAGAGACUGCACGUAUCCAUCAACUCCUAUGAUUCUGUGAACGUUAAUGUCACGCUGACACUAGUGGAACUCGCGCAACUAGUCAAACACAACUGGACACAGGAUUACUAUCUAUCUAACGGAAACGUAAUUGUCAGUAAAUCGGUGACAGGGGGACAGAUGUAUCGACGUCGAUCGCCUUUCAUACCUUUCGCCCUGAAGAAUGACACUGGCUGUCGACUUUGGUUUAAAACGUUCAUCGCCACCGCGGACGAGACGAUAGACGUCAGCAAAGCGUCAUCUCAAGCGAAGAACAUUCUGGACAAGGACAACACGUGGAUCGAGGUAAUACCAGGAGACACAACACCGUUUACGUUCGAAGAGAGAGGCAAGUUAAGACAUCACGCGACGCAUAUCGUCAGAAGGCAUCAAAUUGCGGUUCUGGUUGAAGGAUGGAAGCCGGUGGAUCCUGUGACCGUCGAUCGCGUGGGCAUUUACUUCCGACAUGCAAAUGCUGACACUGCCGGAUUUCAGCCGCUCACACCGAAAGCUAGGGUCGUGUUUGCUGUGGAAUUGGAAGGAUCCGCCAGGAAAUUGGUUACCAUUAGAUCAGCUCUUCAGGUGUCCAACAAGCUGGCUCAUCCGAUCGAGAUCAAAAUGGAGAAAUCGUUAAAUCAACUUGGAUACUUGACCUCAACCAGCACUGGAAGAAUUCUCCAAGUCCCGGCGCAAUCGGUGAUGUCCGCGCCUAUAACACACACCGGGGUGCAGAUGUCCUUCAAACCGCUCAUCUCGAACUACCUGUUCCAAUAUUGCAUGGAAUCGGUGGACUGGACGGUAGUUAAGAAGCCGUCGGAGGUAACAGAGAGCUAUGUCACUUGCCGGACUAAUCAGAACAAUAUAUUCAGGAUGUGCGUGGCCGUAAGACGAAACAAUUAUCCACCUGACGGUAUGCAAGUGUUGCCGGCGCACACAAUCACAGUAAUGGCACCCAUAACUCUGACGAACUUAUUACCAUACGAAUUGACGUACGAGGCAGGUAUAGAAGGCGGUAGAAUCACUCCCGGCUGCAGCGCGGAUUUGCAUUGCGCAAAUUUGAACGAGCAACUGGAAAUUACGAUUCAAUUAGACGGUUAUCCAGGAUACGGAGUGAUAAUACUGCCACCGAACAGUUGUUCUUUUACUGGUCGUCUCAAAUUAUUGGAUUCCGCCAGCAGAAUGCUUUACCUGCAAGCAACCAUAGCAGUGGAGAAAGGGGCAGCCAUGCAAAUCAAUAUUACUGCACCUUAUUGGAUUAUAAACAAGACCGGCUUGCCGUUGGUGUUUAGACAAGAGGGAGUCGGCAUUGAGGCGGCGGGGCAAUUCGAAGAACACGAAAGAGCGAGGAUGGUAGCGCCAUUGCUAUUCUCGUUCAGCGACGAAGAGGCCAGUAGAACUCUGUCGGUGAGGAUCGGAACGGAAGUUCAUCGUCAAGGAAUACCACAGUGGUCUCAGCAUUUUCAUUUGCAGCCUGGAAUCCACGUUCAUCGCUUGAGAAUCAGUCUACGCGAUGGCAGACCCGAUAUAGUUUACUUGAUUAGCGUGGCCACUCGCGCAGCAAGAGGAAGAUACAGAGCUACUACAGUGGUUACACUAUCGCCGAGAUAUCAGUUGCACAACAAGUCAUCUUGCACUUUGGAGCUGGCUCAGAAAUGUUUCACGACGACUGUCGUAAGUUUCUUACAAUCAAUCAAGACGAUAUCAAAGAACGAUAAUUUUUGUUACUCGAUACAAUAUCGGUUUCAGUCCCAUCCGGAUGCCCAGGCGACAUACAUAACGACUAUGCCCGACUGUCACAUGCCCUUCCACUGGCCACGAUUGGAUAAAGAUUUAUUGCUCUGCGUCAGAAUCACUAAUGUUCCGGAUUGUAUGUGGUCAGGCGGUAUCAGAUUGGAUGACAAUUAUUCAUUAACCAUUAAUGUCAGGGAUGUAACAGGGAAGAUGCAUUUUCUACGAGUAGAUGUAGUGCUGCAGGAGACUACCUUCUUUAUCGUAUUUACUGAUGCUGAUACUAUGCCGCCGCCUAUAAGAGUAGACAAUUUUUCAGAAGUUCCUUUACUAGUUAAUCAGAUCGGAGUUCCUGAUAAUCUGCAGUGGACCGUAAGACCCCAUUCAUCGGUACCAUACGCCCUGGACGAACCAAUAAAAGCUGCUGGUUUAGUGCUGACAGCACCCGGAGGCGUGACAGCUUCUUAUGACUUAAAUCUAUUAGGAGAGGGUAGAGGACUGACUUACGAAAACUUCAUUUACAUUGCGUUUACAGGCACCUUCAAGACUGAUUCCGAUCUCGGAACAGGCGAAAGUAAUUUAGAUCCGCUAGAUGUAGAAACUCAAAGAUUAGUCUUAGAGGCUGGUUCUGGGGGUUGGGUUGCCCUUCGAAGGAAACAGUACGGUGACAGGUCGCAGCUUUGGAGAAUGACCGGCGAUGGACAGCUGCAACACGAAGGCUCCAGUCCACCGAGAGACAAACAUUCUAAAGCUCCGGACACGAUAUUCGUUUUGGACAUAGCAGGCACCGCACCGCAACCGUUUACCUAUUGCGCUCUCGCCCUGAGGAAACCGGACCCCAGGCGACGAUCGACACAGACCUGGCGAUUCACCGACGACGGACGUCUAUGCUGCGCACAUAAGAAUAUGUGCGUUCAGUCGAAAGACGGCUUUAUGGGACUAUAUGAAGGGAGCGAAGCUGUACUAGGUCCUCAGACACACGGCAAUCCACCGCCGAUCGAGCAACGUGUGGGUAGACAAAAGCUACGGCCGGGUUCUGGAUUCUUAUCGAUCAGAGUAACCACUGACGGCCCGACCCGCGUUCUGCAAGUUUUGGAUAUCAAGGAAAGGAAGAAAACGUUUGCCUUACUCGAGGAACGCGAUUGGUCGCACAUUGCCGUAAGUCAUCGACCGACCCAGGUCAACGCCGAUAUUAAGAAAUUGGAUUCUAGCGAAUUAAAUCUGGAGCUGAACUUGCCGGCCGGUCUUGGAUUGUCCAUCGUGUCGCAAAGACCGGUAGAAGAGCUGUUGUUUGCGCGGCUGGCCGCAAUCUCCUUAGAUCUAGUGCAGACCCCAUUGAAUACCACAUUGGAUCUGAGCGUCGCCGACGUGCAAAUUGACAAUCAACUGUUUGAGGCGCAAUGCACUUCGGUUUUGUUCGUGACACGGUCAUCCCGCACGGAGGACGAAUACCGACCCGCUCUUCAUUUAGCAGUGGAGAAGUUACAAUCAAAGAAUCAGAAUGCCGAGAUAUAUAAACAUGUCAUAGUGAGUGUCAAACCACUAUGCGUACACUUAGAAGAGAAAUUUAUCCUGAAACUGGCAGCAUUCCUUGGAAUUGGCAAGUCGGAACUGGAAGUACCCGUCGACGAGAAUGAUUUCAAGGCACAAAGAUUUAUUUCCGAAGUGUCCGCCGCGCAUGCCAAGAGAUAUUACUUUGGCGCUCUGAAACUUGUUCCUAAUCAAGUAAAACUCAGCGUGCUCACUACGACGAAAUUGCCACAUCAUCUGCAGGCUGUAAAGAGGAAAUUGGGAUUGACUCUAAUUAACUUUGAGAACGCCACUAUCGAGCUGGAACCGUUUGUUAAGAAACAUCCAUUCGAGAGCAGUCAAUUUUUAAUACAUUCCAUCGUAAAACAUUACAAAGAUGAAUUGAAGUGGCAAGCUGCAGUUAUUCUAGGUUCCGUAGAUUUCUUGGGAAAUCCUCUUGGAUUCAUGAAUGACGUCACGGAAGGUGUUUCUGGUCUUAUCUACGAAGGCAGCGUGAAGAGUCUAGUGAAGAACGUCACGCACGGUAUUUCGAACUCCGCAGCGAAAGUGACGGAAUCUCUGUCAGACGGUUUAGGGAGAGUGAUUAUGGACGAAAGACACGAAGAGGCCAGGCAGAGAAUUCGGGCUAACACUACGGGCAGUAGCGAUCACUUGGUAGCCGGAUUAAAGGGUUUCGGUUUUGGUCUGCUGGGUGGUGUCACUAGUAUAUUUAAACAGACGUACGACGGAGCAACCAGCGAGGGUUUUCCAGGCUUCUUCGCGGGUUUUGGAAGAGGAGUGGUAGGCACAAUAACGAAACCCGUCGUUGGUGUUCUAGAUCUAGCAACAGAGACAGCUAGUGCUGUACGAGAGACAAGUAGAAGCGCUCAUCGUGCGAUACCGAAGCGCGACCGACCGCCGCGUGUCGUCAGUGGUUCUACCGGAUUGCUGCCGCCGUACAAUCGUCAGCAGGCCGAGGGCCAGGAAUUCCUAUACAGCAUUAACAAUCGCGACUAUUCCGAGCUCUUCGUCGCCUACGAGUGUCUGUGCAGCGGCACGGAGAAUCUCAGAGUGCUGGUGUCCAACGAGAGAGUACGCGUUAUCUCUGGCGGCACGAAAGCGGUGGUGACCCAAGUCAGUUUGGCGGAUCUCCUGCGUUGCCAGCCGAUGCAGAAGGUUCAAAGCAACAACGUCACUCUACAUUACAUAGAGUUAAUAUCCAGAUUCGACUCGUCGGCCGCGGUCAACCUGGACGGAUUGGCCGAAUUGUUGAGGCGGCCGAAGGUACGCUGUGACAACGAAGAGGUGGCGAAGCGAGUAUCGCAACAAAUCAAUUAUGCCAAGGGAAUGCACGAAGAACGAAGCUUGACGUUGUCGUCGUCGGAUAACAUGUUGGAUGACGUACAACAUUAUAAGUAAUCGACUGUGCGACCAGAAUUCGAUCUUAUCUCUAACGCGUUUUCCUGGACGUACUUUCUCUAGUCAAAGUUUUAACUUUAUCUUGUAAAGCGCACGAGAAUCGGUAAUGCCUUAGUUACAACGCUUAAAGUUAAGUUUACAAGAAGACUGAUGCGAAUUAUCGUAAAAGUAAUUGCUCGCCAAUACGUGGCAUAAAUCGGGCAUAAUUCGAGCGUAAUUCGAGUAAUGAUCAAUUUCUAAUUUUGCGUCUUGCAAAUGUGGCACAAGUGACACAGAAACUUUUGAUACGGAUCGAUAAGGUGUAAAAAUACGUAAAGUAGUCAUAGGAGAGAUUUUCUAAUAAUGUACAUAUAUGUGUACAUAUGCCAGUUCAACACGCGUGCAGGAUAUCUCAGAAUCACGCGUUUUCGAUGAGGCUGUCUUCGGUCAACCUUCAGUGGAAGGAUUCAAUGGAAAACUAUUUUUAUCUCUGUAAUGAAACCAAGUACACGUAUUUUCGUGCUUCGAGUUUUAACUGCUUGUAACUCAAGGUCGGCGCGUAGACUUUCCUCCACAAUUUCAGCUUGGUGUUUAUAACUGGAACGUCGUGAUUUUGGGACGCGUUAUAUCUAUGUACAUAUAUGUAUUAAAGUUGACGACUUACUUGUUCACGGAUUGACCUACUUAACGCAAUACUUAGAAGUAAUCGAACCAAAGCUAGGCUUUUAGCGUAAAUUUAGUGAGUCCAAGUAUCGUAGCACGUAUUUCUUUUUUUUUAUAUACAUAUACAUGUACGUUUUCAAUAGCACACGUCUUUUCUGUUCUAGCCGCUUACACGUUUUCGUUUUGCAAUGCCUUGCAACGUGCUACUUUGUACAGAACAACCUUUGUGUAUGUAUGUACGAACACCUGUGUGUAUGUAACAAGAGCGUGCGUAAACUGUACAAAUAGAUUAAGUCAGCUAUAUUUAAGUACUUUUGUAAAGCUGGCGUACGAGAUGCGAGGAUAAUAUACGUUUGUAAUAUAUAUCAUGUUGAUACUUGUUAAGCAGAUUAAUAAAUGUUACAAGUAUGACAGUGA